UGCAGAGUGGAGCUGGCGGUCUCAGUUGUGCCCUGGAUUGUAACAGACACAGAGAGAGAGAGUGAGAGAGAGAGAGAGAGAGAGAGACCUCCACCAUGGAUGUCAAACUGCUGGCACUGACAGCUCUGCUGGUUGUGGCCACACAUGUACCAACGUCUAACGCAAAGCCCAUUAGCCUGGUAGAGCGCUGCUGGUGUCGCUCCACCCUCAACACGGUUCCUCAGCGCUCCAUCAAAGAGCUCAAGUUCCUCCACACACCCAACUGCCCCUUCCAAGUCAUUGCCAAACUGAAGAACAACAGGGAGGUUUGCAUCAACCCGGAGACCAAGUGGCUUCAGCAGUACUUAAAGAACGCCAUCAACAAGGUGAAGAAAUCCAGAAGACGCAGCAACAAGAAGAUCUGACUGUGAGGAGAGACGUGUAUGCCGUCUGACCUGGAGUCCCUGGGUGGAGCCUGUACACCUCCCUGUCACUGCUAUGGAUGUUAUUAAACACGCUGUAUGUACCCGUCCACCGCUCUGGACCACCUGCAAAACCAGCACUUCACCAUCCACAGCGCCACCACUGAACCCUCUGGACCCCCUCUUCUCCACGUUAGCACUGUGCAGUCAUUCCUCUGAAUGACGGAUCACAUGUUAACAUCAUAUAAACAUGAAUGUGUAUGUGAGCGCUGGGUGAGAGACAUGCGUGUGUGAGACUGUGUUUUGAAUGUGGUUGUAAAUGGUAUUUUCAGACUUCACUUUGCUAUAAAAGAUUGAUCUGAGCUUUCCUUUAAACACGUACGGCUUUGAGGGAAAUGCUGCCUUCACUUCCUGUCAAAUUAACUGUAAAUAUGAGCUGCUGAAACAUCCACAUGAGCCCCUGAGGAGGAAGUUUUUGGCCAGUUAUGUGUAAAUCACCUUAAUGUGGUUUUGUGAUCUGAAGAAGUGUUUUAUUUACACACGGUAAACUCUGAGAGAAUUUGCCCGCACAUAAAACCAUCAGAUUUAGUUUUAUAAAGUUAGAACAGUUUCCACUUUAAGAGCUUUAUAAAGACAUUCACUCUGCUUUUAAUGUUUGAUUUUAAAUGUUCAGGAUGUAACAGGUAAAACAAAGCAGGACUGAUCUAAAGGGUCCCAAGCAGGGACCAAUCAGGGCUUGGCGCCACUAUAAUAGCGCCUUUAAACACACAGAAGCUCACAUACACUGCUAAGGAACCUGCACUGAUCUGAUGGUGCUAUAUAUUCAGAAUAAGGGAUCUGAUUUAUGAGCAUGAUUUUAUUUCUCUGUUUCUUUAUGAGCUCUAUGUCUUAUCUGAAACACAAUUAUGUUUUUAUAAGUCACAAAGUAUGUAAAGCGCUGUUGUUGAAGUCUAUUAUAGAAAAUGAGUUGAGGAGCUGAUGUAGUUCUAAGGCCACACUGGUUUAAAAAGUAAUAGCAGUGGAAUAAAACACCCAUAAAUGCAGCCUUUUGUUGAUUCUAUAUAUCACAAUACACAGACCAAAUAUUUAUGAUGUAAGACAUGAGGGAAAAACUCAGAAACAUGGCUGUUUAUAUCAUUUACUGUUAUAAAAAUUCUGAAAAUCAUCAUAAUUAACUGUAAAAAUGUUUAUAACGGGCACAGUAUUUUUAUAGCAGCAUGGUCCUCAGUAGGGAUGGAAAGCUAAUAAAUGCUCCUAUAAAACAACUGAGAUAUUAACGUUACAAAGGGAAGGUUAAAGGUGGCAAAAACACAGUUUUACAUGUUUUUAUUUUAAUAUAUAUUUGAGCCACUUUAUAACCAGAUGUGUCUUUAAAUGUCAUUGUUUUAUGUUUAUAUUGAGUAUAAUCUCACUAAUGAUUUUAAUGCAAAGUACAGCAGGCAGAAGCUACUAAAUGAAGGCUACUCCUUAACAUGUGAGAAACAGUAUUACACUUCAUUUGUGAGGUUUCCUGCAUUUUUACACAUGCUGUUUGUCUAUAGCCUUUACACACACUUACUACUGAAGAGACUGAAAAUUUAUAGAAGAUUUCAGACAGGCUGCAAUGAAGAGUGAAACUUAAAAAAUUAAAUGAUAAAAGUGGAGGUGAUAAAAAAAAACGUGAAUUGAAUUAUGAAGGAAAGCAUUUGAAUUAAAAAAUGAAGUGACAAAUUAUAGUUUGAAUUGCUUAAUUUAAGGUUGAUUUGAUGAAAACUGUUGCAAUGUGUUGAAACUAGUGGCAAAAUGUAUUAUAUAAUUUUAUGUUGCCAGCUGCUGUAGUCUGAUCACUGCAGGUCAGGAGGCGUCUGUGCUUUCUGGCUUAAUUUACCUGGCUGAGCCUGGAGCUUCUUAACUCUGAAAAAAAUGGAAAAAAUGUCCUUUCAAAGUCAAAAUUUGUGAACAGUAAAUUUAAAUAAUCACCAACAUCAGUUUUUCGCCUGAAGAAUUCCCUAAAGGUAAUCAAGCAAUGAAAUAGUACUCAAAAGUCUCUAAAAACUCUCCAUCAUUGCUUUGAAGAUUGAGACAUUUGGGUGCAGAGUUAAUGUGGAAAGUUUUUCAAGCUGGGACUCCCGAUUGCAAUUCAUAAAAGGUGACACAAAAAUGGCACGAUGUGUAGAUGAUAAUAGAUGGAACUCAGAAACAUUGCAUGCUGUCAAUGUUAAAGCAGAACUCACAAAAAGGACAUGCUGCAGAUGAUAAAAGGUGGAAUAAUCAGUUAAUGGCAAAUGAUGAAAGAAAAACAAUCAAAAUGACACAAUUUGUCAUUAUUUUAAUCAAAUUGCAACAUUUCUUAUAAAUCAACCUCAAAUUAAUCAUUUUUUUAAUUCAAAUGCUUUUUCAUCACUUCAUAAUUCAAGUCACAUGAGUUUUUAUCACCUCCAUUUCUAUCAGUCUGUUUUUGUUUACUUCACUGUUUAUUGGCUGCCCCUGAAAUCCUCCAGAGUUGCCUCUUACUGCCUGAUUCACAGCAUAGUAGUUUUCCCUAUCCGUGGGUUAGAGACAUGACGGAGAUAAAAGACGCCAUGAUGUUGGAUUAAGCGAGAGAAUUAGACAAUAAAAUGACUAUUUUUGCAUCUGUUAGUAAUUUGUGGAAUUGGAUGUGUUCACAGUUUAAACAAACUGUGAAUAAAUCCUCAUUACAUGCAUGAAUAUUGCACUGGUCACUCCCUAUUCUUCGUGAUAUAAAUUUCAGAUCCCUCAGCUGCUCCUUUAGAGUGAGUUUGCCUUCUUAUUUCCUGUUCAGCUCACCUUGACCUUGAAGGGGCGUGCAGGAAAAAUAGUGGGUAAACCUGUGGUGUUAAACUGAGCCAUCUGACACACAGGUCGCCUCAUAAUUUUCAGAUUUUUUUUUUCCAAAUGCAUGGAACAGUAUUUGCAAUGGUUUGAUUGCUAAUUUGUUACACAGUAUGCCAACCAUUUUCUUUUUAUUGUGGAUGCAAGAAAAGGUCCUCAUGUUGUGUUUUCCUCCCUGCCGUCUCCUAACAACCAGUCAAAGAUCGAACAAAGGUGACCUGAAUGAAAUCUGUGAAAUCCAACACAGGGACUGAGAACAAAAGCUGCUGUCAUGGUGUUGGAGCCACAAGUUGCCCUGUUCAAAGCUUUGAUUUGAUUUUUGAACAGUAUGCCUGAAGUUGAUGUACGAUGUGUCAGAAGGAGCAGUGAGCCAAAUAGAAAAAAAAAAAAAAAAAAAAAAAAAAACUUAGUGAGGAGAUCCAAAAUGACCAACAUGUGCUUUCAAUCAGGACACUCCCAGCAGCCCACAGGCUUUCUGUUCACUUUCACUCAACCGUUGCCAUGCUGCUAAAUUACAACACAGCUUUCUCCCCCUGAAAUUGUCCUGGAAAUCCUGGUGUUUCAGUCAUUGUUGUGGUCUUUUAUAAUUUGACAUGAUGUAUUCGCUGAGUGCCUGAUCACAGGUGACGAUCAGAUCUGUGAGACUCUAAUAAAUGAACAGGAUCAUUGCACUAUUAUCCUGGGUAAUAAUGCAAUGCUGCUGAUUCCCCAUGAAUUUAAAAUAAGUAAAUGGACCUUAAUCAUAUGGUAUUUAGCUGUUUCAUUUAACACAUUACUAAAUUAACUAAAAUUCUGCAGUUUUCUGAUGGACUGGCAUGAGAAACUGAUGCCUUAAUUUCACAGAAUUUAUAGGAAAACCCAACCCUCAAGUCUUGUAACUGCAGUUACCUCUGAUAGGCUGUUUUUAUUUAACUUUCUGACUAUAAUAUGGUAGUCUCGAUAACAAAAUCACAUUUUUAGUUUCUUUUUUGCCAUUGUUUUCAAAGGAAAUUUUAAUUUGCCAUCAUUGUGAUGAUCAUUGUGAACAAGAUAACUUUCCACUGUGUAAAAAAGUAAUGUUUUCACCUUCAGUCUCAUUCUACUUUCUUGUUAGAGUCACAUCUAUUACACGUCAGUGAUCUUUGUCAUAAAAGACAUGCUUUAAAAAGGCGGUUCAGGCCUUAAAAGAACAGUGGGGAAAGAGUAAUUAUUUAUGUAAAAGGUCUUGUUUGCAAAUUAAUUUCAGACUUUCAUUGCAGCUUUGAUUUCCUCACAGUAGCUUUGAAGAUGAGGAACAUUCAACUUUUAUGGUGCCACUGUCACUGCUGUGAAUAUUUAGUUUGAUUAAAAUAGUUCAGAUAUAGAAUCCUUUAUCGUCAUACCAACUGUGUUUUUUUGGCAGGUUUCUUUUUGUAUCAUUUGGACCAAAUACACUUAAAAGUGUGAGAAGAAAUAAGUCAAAGUGGGUGCAUAUGUUUCUACCCCGACAGAAUGUGAAAAAAGUUUUGUUUAGGCAGCUCCUGACGCAUAUUCUUCAUAUACAUGAGAUGUAUUACUCUCUGUAUUGUCACUGUUUGUAAACAAGAAGGCAAUAUUUUUUAAAGCUAUGAUACUCAAGCCAUUUUUCAAUAAAGUCAUAUGAAAAUAAA